AUGGCUUCUCAACCUAAGAAUCCUCGUCCUGACAACGAGGCCGCUGAUGUUCCUCCAGAGGUCGAUCAUGACAUUUUGGAGAGUGUUGAUUCUGUUCAAGAAGCUAUCGACAGCCUCAACAAGAAGGCCAGUGUCGAAAUUCUUAAAGUAGAGCAGAAGUUCAACAAAUUGCGCAAGCCUCACUAUGAGCACCGCGCGGAACUCCUCGCGAAAAUCCCAAAUUUCUGGCACACCGUCUUUAUGAACCAUUCGCACUUGCGCAAAGUGAUUACGGAGGAGGACCAGAAGGUUUUGGCUUACUUGAGAGCUGUUGAGGUUCAGGAAUUUGAUGAUAUCACGUCUGGAUACAAGAUUAACUUUUACUUUGAUGAGAAUGACUGGUUUAAGAAUGAUUGCAUUACUAAGGAGUAUCAUGUUAGUGAGAAGGGUGAGCCGACCGCCACGUCUACUAAGAUUGAGUGGAAGCCGGGUAUGGACCUCACUGAGAUGACCGACAAUGGGAGGGAAGGGCAAAAGAGGGAUUACCCACAUCAGUCCAGCUUUUUCUGUUGGUUUGCGUUCGACCGCAAUGCCGUGGGCGACGUUAUCGGGGACUACAUCAAGGAUGAGCUUUGGCCCAACCCUCUUCAAUAUUAUCUUAAUCCCGAGAUUGACUCUGAUGAGGAGGUUGAAGAGGAUCUUUUGGACGAGGAAGACGAUGAGGAGGAGGAAGAGGAGGAUGAUGAAGAUGGUCAAGAACUUGCUUACGACGAGGCUGGUGGGGAGGAUGCUGCAAAGUCAUCGUAA